AUGCGGAGCUUCGGCCUUUGGGCGAGCUGCGAGCUGCCGGACCCCAGGUACCCUCGCAGCUUGCAUGCGCGAACACCGCUCGAACCCGCUGGCUUAUCAGCGGAGCAUACGGGGAUCUUUAUUUGUUGCGGCUGGAGGUCAGUUCCGGCCUCUGGCAUUGCAGUUUUCCAUGCCGGAAGCUACGUGUUCGUCGGCUCCAAGGCAACUGACUCCGAAGUGUUGCGGCUAGGUCAGCCGAGGAAAGAGGCUCCCGCCUCCGCUGUCACCGCGGCAGGGCGCGUGCGGAAGAAUCUGGAGGAUGCGUUUGAGGUCGUGGACACGUGGACCAACCUCGGACCCAUCACCGACUUCUGCACCAAGGAUGUGGAGGGCUUGGGCUCAAGCGAGCUCAUGACCUGCAGCGGCGUGGGCGACGUUGGAUCCGUCCGCUUCGUACGGCUGGGAGUUCCCGUCGAAGAGCUGGGCAGAUCUGCAGGAUUCACAGGUGUCCUCGGGCUUUGGCCGCUGGGCUCGCAUCACUUGGCAAUAUCCCGGCCUGGUCGGAGCGAUGUGCUGGCUGUGAAAGGCGAGCAGGUCGAGGCAAUUUCGCAGGACGAGGACUUGGGUUUUCGGCAUCAUGAGGAGUCGCUUUUCUGCUGCGGCGGUUUGGCCGUGGCAGAUGGCAAAGAAUUCGCAUUGCAGGUCACGGCAUCUGGGGUAUGGGCAUCCGGCCUGACUGUGGAGAGAAUUCGAGCAGUUGCACAGUGGUCUGUCGAGGGGUUCCAGGUCACUGUGGCUGCAGAACUGCGGGUGUGCAGUGCUGAUGCGAUUGCAGGAGUACUCGUCGCAUCGGCAGCUGGAGAUGUUCGGGCGAUCGAACUUCGCGAAGGAAAAGGAAACUACGAGAUGGCAGAGAGUGCCUCGUGGCAGCUGCCAGGCGAACCCAGCUGCCUGAGCGGCAGACACGAGCUGCUGCUUGCUGGGCUAUGGACUGACGAGCUUUGCAUUUUGAAAGGUUCCACAGAGGUGCAGCGCCUCCCUUUGCCAACGCUGCCUUGGUCGACGACCUCUGCUUUCAUCGAGUCGGAGCUCCAGCUGUUUGCUGGCCUCCGGGACGGACGCCUUCUCUGCGCCACGGACGACAGUGGAACAUGGAAGGUCGCCCGCAUCGUCACGGUAGGAACACGCCCCUGCAAGCUCUUGGUGCUGCCGAGCUUCUCAUCACGCGAGUCCUCCUCAUUUGUCGGACCACAGCAGUGCGGGCAGGCGGCUGCCCCAACCCAUCAGGCGAAGGAGAUGCUGCUUGUCAUCAGCGGGCAUGGUGUGAUUCUGCAGGCGAGGCAACCGUUUCGCGUUGUCCACUCGCAGAUCUGCCUGCCCAACAUCUCCCAUGCAGCCUUCUUCGAGCGCGGUUUCGGUGGUGUUUCGAACGCCAUGGCGUUUAUCAGCCAAGAGAAAUUGGUGUUUGCGCUGCUCCAAAGUGGCCAGCGCAUGCAGGUGGAAACACUCCACCUGCGCCAGGCACCGCACAGGAUGGCCUACCAUCAGUCCACCGGGAUUUGUGCCGUGGGCUGCUACAGUAUCGGAUGGCCAAUGGCCGCGUUGAGUCUCUCCGCACCGGUAAAUUCCCGCGCCUCCGUCGUGUUCGUCAAUUCCGAGACUGCCCGUGUGCUGGACACCCUGGACCUCGCUCAGGAGGAGCAAGUGGCAUCAAUGGUUUCCGUGUUCUUUCAGGGCGAUCCAACUGAGUACAUCGCUGUUGGCACUGCCUUCGUUCAUGAACGUGAGCCUGAACCGUCAAGAGGGCAGGUUCGGCUCCUGGCCCCAUGCGAAUCGCCCAGCUCAAGCUCAGGAGGCAACUCGCAGGUCUUGCCUCCUUUCAGGGAGGUGGCAUCCUUGGAGGUGGCGGGCGCAGUCUAUGCUUUGCUCCCGCUUGCGGGAAAGCUCCUCGGGGCAGUCAACAACCGCCUCCAGCUUUGGAAGCUAUCUCGCGAGACGGGCGAGGAUCGCCUUCACCUGGCGGAGGUUCAGCGCCAUCACGCUGGCCUCAUCAUUCUGGACUUGCAAGCGAGAGGCAAUGACAUCCUCGUCGGCGACAUCAUGCGUUCAGUCAGCCUGCUGCGCUUUAAUGAGUCGCAGGAGCCUUCUUUUGAAGUCCUGGCUUAUGACCAGCUAUCUGCGUGGUCGACUGCUGUGGACAUGCUUUCAGAGACUCACUUCCUGUGCGCGGACGACUGUGGCAACCUCAUGUCGCUGGUCCCAGGCGAGGUGACGAAAGCUCAACCAGACCAGGCGACUUCAGAGGUGAAGAUCUUGGAGCGGAUGGGUCGGCUGCACACUGGAGAGUUUGUGAACCGCUUCCGGAAAGGAAGCCUUGGACUGAAAGUGAGCACGCAGCAAAAGACAACAAGCACCAUUUGGGCCAGCGUAUCUGGUGCUUUUGGCCUCGUCAUCCCUCUUCCUUGCGACAAGAGUUUCACGCGCCUCUUGAUUCUGCAGGACUCCAUGGCCAAGCGGCUGCAAUCUCCUUUUUCUCAUGGCGACUGGCGUGAUGUUCGGUUGGACCUGCAGGGUGAGACAGCGGCCCACGAGGGAUUUGUCGACGGAGACCUGGUCGAGCGCUUCUUGGAGAUACCGCAGGAUGAGCAGGAGGUGGUGGCAGAAGAGCUGGCAGCGAAGGGACUGUUGGGUCACGAGAAUCCGCUGGAGGAGCUGCUGCACGAAGUGGAGACUCUGUGGCAACUGCACUAG